UUCCAACCAUGUCUGCCGAGAUUGAACACCCCUUGACCAGACUCGACUCUGCCGUCUCGGACACCACCUACGAACCCGGCCAUGAGAAGCAGAUUAAGCAUCGCAGAACCAGCAGUACCGUCUCGGGAGUAUUCAGAAUCGAAGAUCUAGAACAAGAAAAGGUCGAGCUGCAAAUAGCACCGGAAACGCAAAAACUCGGAUGGAAGCUAAACAAGAACCCAAACACAAUCGAUGACAAGGAUAUGUUGAAAAAGUUACUCGUGACGCCGCCAAUCAAGAAGAUCGACCUACACUUCCCACUAGGACUCAACGUCACUGCCCGUAACCUCAAAGGAGUGACAAUCAAGGAUGCUGUAGAUGCCAUCUACAAGCAGUUCAAGAAGAAGGACGAUGACAUGGGUGAGAACCCCUACCUCGCUGGUUUCGAGUGGGACAAAGAAGAGUGCUACACCCGCUUCAUCGUUCAUCAGAAGAAGACUGCUGGAACCAACGAUGGUGCCCCUACCGGAGGCAGCAAGAAGAAGGGCAAGAAGGACAAGAAGGAAGAGGCCGACCCUCUGCUGAUG